AAAGUUUUUCUGCAUUGUGGAAAGACAGCCUGUAUCUGUUUGUUUGAAGAGUUCCACAGGGAUACAACCAUGAGUAGAAAUAGGGAGAGAGUCAUUGAAAUACUGGAAAAUUCUUUUGCACAGGGUGAAAAAAUUCCCCCAGAAAGCAUGCUGUUUUCCUACAGAGGUAUUUUAUACCCUGCUACAGUUAGCAGCCCAGAGACUUUGGAAGCUCUGAAAUCCUUUGAAACCAGGAGCGACGAUGUGAUUCUAGCAGGCUAUCCUAAAACAGGAACCAACUGGCUUGACCAAAUGGUGAAGGAGUUGGAAUCAGCAGAUGCCAAAUAUACAGAAGAAGAAAUGAAAGAGAGAACAAAUGCUGAAAAGAAGCUAGAGACAUUUCCACGCCUAGAAUUUGGAGAUCCUGGGAUAUAUGAGAGGAUGAAGAAAAUGCCUUCCAGAAGAAUUAUACUAACCCAUCUGCCACCUCAUCUCCUGCCCCCAUCGGUUCUCCAAAGCAAGGCUAAGAUCCUUGUGCUGGUUCGGAACCCCAAAGACACGGCUGUCUCCUAUUACCACUUCUACAACAACAUGCCAGUGCUGCCGUCCUUCGCCUCCUGGGAUGAGUACUUUGCAGCCUUCAUGAAUGGGAAAUUGACCUGGGGAUCCUACUUUGACCACUUAGUGGAAUGGAACAAAUACAUCGACCAUGAGAGGAUCAUGGUGAUAAGCUACGAGGAACUCAAAGAGGACCAGAUACUGGGAAUGAAAAGGAUUGCUGCCUUCUUUGGAUUCUCCCUGUGUGAGGAAGAUUUUCACAGAAUUGCCAAGGCAACAAGUUUCCAAGCUAUGAAAGAGAAAUCCAACGAAACCCAUGGAAAGUUUGGGGAUAUCCUAUUCCGGAAGGGGAUUGUUGGGAACUGGAGAGACCUAUUCUCUAAAGCUCAGAAUGAAGAAAUGGACCGAAAAUUUGAAGACUGCCUAGGAGGAACAAAGCUGGCAGCAAAGAUGAAAUACGAUGUGUACUGCAAGGCCUGAAAAUAAGCAGAUGAGCAGCAUGAAAGCAAUUCAUGCUUCAAAGAUGAUUCUCCAGAGGUGGACCAUCCUCAUAUUUUAUGCCCAUGAGAAAAGAGAGAAACCCCUAAGAGAGGUGCCUGGCAACUCCAAGAAUUCAGGUGGUAAUUCUUAGGCAUGUGCUGGGCCUAGGGUGUGUGUUUCACUUGAAGCAACCAAAUAAAAUGUGUGAAUGACUCGAGUGAAUGCCUGGCAUCCUUCCAGGAGGGAGACGGUGCACAGGCAUCAUAGUACCAGCCUGGUGGUGUCCCUGUGACUGCUUCGUGGCCUGAGAUGGUGAACAAGGUCCCUGAGGUGCUCAGUGGUGAGGCACAGUGACCAACACAGGGCCUCUCCUCCUGGGGCACAGUGGGCUUGACAUGUAUUUGUGGUGUGAGUCUGAAACCCCAAAUGCCUGUGUACAGGCAUAGCAUGAUAGUCUGGGUUUUGACCCACCAUGGCUACCAUGGUGUUGACAUUUGUACAGAGAGGCCAGAAAGGCCUUUGGCACUUUGUCAAACUCCUUACUUUGGUUCAGGGUGGGACUUCUGGAGCUCUUGCUGCCAUAAACUAUUGGCAUCUCUGUGGACAGUUAGGUAAGUGGCAAGUGAGAAGACCCAUGACCUUUGAAUGGAAGGAUCUGGGGAAAGAAGCCCCUUGAUGACCCUGUUGCUAAACUAUUAAAGCUGCACUUGUUUGACAAUAAAUACAUUUGUGCUACAUAGGUAUCAUUUCCACACCCUCUUUGCUGGUAUAAAUGUCCUUGCUACAUCUGUGCAGAAUAUGUUGCACAACCUCUUGUCACAACCACUCUUUUGGAGAACCACAAAAGAUAAGGAAAUGUCAACUCCACCUGGCAAAGGGAACUCAGUUCCUUGGAAGAGGGAUUCCUCUUCCGUAUUCCCAGGCAGAUAAAUCUGCAGGACUCUCACACCAAACUAAGAUUAAAAACUGAGCAACCAGCAACCAAAAAUGUAUCAACAAAACUGUGAAAUUGUCAAGGCCCUGUCAAAGCCCUGACUGUCCCUGACAGCCCC